AUGGAUCCAUUACCCUUGUUUGAUGAACUAGAAAAUGAUUUGAACUUAUUGAAUACUGAAAUAAAAAAAAAAAAUAUACAUAUAAAAGAGAAGAUAGAAAUAUUCAUUAUUAAGAUAAAAAACUACAAUAGCAUAAUAACAUCAAAUAAAAAUAAUUUAUUAAAUAAUUUUGAAUUUCCAUUAGACGAAAUUAUUGAUAUUAUAAAUAUAGGAGCUAAUAUUGAUAGCCAAAAAAUUAUUUACAUUUGUUUGACUUGUCUUCAACGAGUUUUAUUAUAUAUAUUAUAUUUAAUAGAUAAUAAAGAUAUAAUAAAAAAGUUUAAUGAAAUAAAUAUCGAAACCCAAUUAGAAAAAAUUACAAAUAAAUUAUUUGAUUUAACAUUUAAUAACGAUAAAAAAAUAUUAGUAAAAAUAUUACAAAUAACAUUAACUGCCUUUUCUCCACAGUAUAUAGAAUACUAUAAUAAAGAUAUAAUUGACACAUUAUUAAAGAUAUUGUACUCUAUAUAUUAUUCAUCAUUACAUGAUAAUGCCCACAUUUUAUAUCAAACAUGUUGCGCCGCAUAUGAGCAAUUGCUUAAUUCAUUAAUAGAUGUAUGCAAUGAGGAAAAUUUAGAUAAUAUAAGUGAACCUCCAAUUUCGAAAGAAGAUCAUAUCACAGAUGUAAAAAAUGAACAUAUCAAAAAUGAUAAUGAUCAUAACCAUAAAGAUACCAAUUUAAAUGAAAUUGAAAAUGAUGACUUGAAGAAUAUCAAUUUUUAUUUUGAGAAUUAUCAUUUACAAUACGAUGUUAAUGACCCAAUAGAUUUGAUAAGUAUACCAAGUUUUAGAAACACAAAUAAUAUGAAAAAUAAAAAUAAAUUAUUAUCAUUAAUUCAUUAUCUUUGUUAUUGUUGUUUUGUGAAUACACGAUCAAAAUAUUACCUAGAUGGUUCAUCAUCCUCCUUUGAAUAUGACGGUUCAAAUACGAAUAAUAAAAUUAAUAUUAACGAAAAAACAGACAAUGCUAAAGUUAAAAUAAACCACAGUUUGGAAACUAAUAUAAAAGCCACAGAUGAAAAUAAUAACAAUUCUAUAUCGAAUACAAAUGAACAAUUAGACAAUAAACAUAAAAACAGUAAAUUAUUAUCAGAAAAAGAGAAUGCAGCUAAGAACGCCGAAGAUGCUGAAACGACCAACAAUGACAUUUCGAGUAAACUUAAUAAAGAAUUGAAAAAAGUAAGUAUUUCUUCAAAUAAUAUUGAUAAUAAUCACAGCAACGGUAAAGAGGGCACCCUUAACGGUAUCGAUAAUAACACUAACAAUACAGUUCAUAAUGAUACUACUAAUAUCAGUAAUAAAAGCCACUUUUCUAGUGAAAAAAUAAAAAAUUCAAAUAAAAAAGAUGAUAUCAAUGAAAGUAUUUAUAACAGGAAUAAAAAAGAUGGAAGCAAAAAUAUAUAUAAUGCAAAUAAAUAUAAUAUAAAAAAUAUUUUUAAAAUAUUAAAACAUUCAAACUUCCAAAUAUAUAACAAUAAUAAGAAUUAUUUUGAUAUUUUUAACGAUAACAUGAAUAUCGACUCAUGUAAAUUAAGAAAGAAUAUAUUAUCUAUUUAUAAUAAGAAUAAUUUGAUUUUACCUUUAAAUUUUUGCUUAGAUUUACUAUAUAUUUUUUUAAAUAAUUAUGAAUACUUUUUAGAUAAUUUUGAGUUUUUCAAAUUGUUAAAAUUUGAAAUAGCUUAUAUUAUAACAAUAUCAUUAAAAUAUAAUUUACACAUCGAUAUUUUUUAUAGAUGUUUGAAAAUCUUUAUUAUUAUUUGUCAUAAAUAUUUUCAAUAUUUUUUAGGAGAAAUUAAAUUUUUAUUAACCAAUCUAAUUCGAUAUUUAUCUUUGACCAAAAAUUUUUCAAAAUUAUACAUUGUUUUAAACUUUUUUUUUUACCUUUUUGAUAAUAAACAAACUGUUUAUAAUAUGUACAAGUAUUUUUAUGCCCCGAUGGAUAAUAUAAGCAUCAAAAGUAACGACGAUAAUAGCGACACGAAUUUAAAUAAAAAGACAAAAAAUAAUGACAAUAUAAUAAGCGAUGAGAAUCUCAAAGAAGAAUCAAGAAAACAAAAAGAAAUAAACCAUGAAGUAAGUCAUUUAACUGAAGAUACAAAAAAUUAUAUGGGUCAAAAUAAAGAGGAAAGCUUAUAUUGUGAAAAAAGCAAUUUUAAUAUAGGUGAAGAUAAAGAAUUAUCUUUAAUAAAUAAUAAAGAAAAUAUUUAUGAGGAAAAAACCAAAUUAAGUGAAAAGAAGAUGAACAGUGAAAAUAAUUCUAAUGAUUCAGAAAUAAAUAUAGAUUACCAAACGAAUUAUUGUAUAGAUAAUGAUAACGGUUUUAUUUUUAUAAAAAUAAUUGAAUGCAUAAGUAAAAUUAUACAUGAAUUAUUAUUUUUAUAUUCAAUAGAUAUAACUAAAAUAUAUGCACAUUUAAAAAUAUUUAAAUAUGAUAGAGUAUUUACAUCUUCAAAAGCGAUAGUUCAUAUUUUUAAUAAAAUGGGAAAGCAUAUAUCAAGUAAUAACAAUAUGGAGGGUCAAAAUAUAGAUAAUAAAUAUGAAGAAUCUAUUAAGUCUGGCUAUAAUGAUGGAGUUCACACAAAUAGAAAAAAUAGUUGUCCUAGUCAAGAAAUUGAAAUAAUUAAAAAUAAAAAUAAUUAUUACCGAAAGAGGGGAAAUAAAGACAAUGAACAGCAUCCGAUGAUUUUCUAUAAUUUUCUAAACUAUCCAUUGAUUCUUCCAAAUAAUUCUGUAAAUCCACGCGAAGAUUUUUAUUUGUACAAAUUUUCUACUGAAAAAAAAACAACCAAAACAACGUUUGAUGAUUUAUGUUAUAAUAAUAUAGAUGAAAUUAUAUUGCUUGCUUCUUCUUUUGAUAAUAUUUUAUCGUUAAUAAAUUCAUUUUAUGUAAUUCUUUUAAAUAUAUUAGCAAAAUCUUUUAAUCAAUAUUGUUUUGCGGCAAUCGAUUUAAAUGAUGAACAUAACUUAUAUGAAGAGAGGAAGUUAUCUUCAAAUUAUAAAAAUGGUAUACUUCAAUAUUCAAUGAAUCUAUUAGGAAGACAAAAAAAUGAGUCCACAUAUAAAUCCAUAGAAUCACAUACGACACCAAAAUCUAUUCAAAGUUACAAUACGUUAAAUUUUGAAUAUGAAAUAGAUAGAAGAAUACAACGCUAUAAUAAUAAUUCAGAUAACAUUACUCCCAACUAUACAAUUGGCCAUAAAAAUCAUCACACUAGUAGAAAUAAUAACCAAGUAGAAAACAUUGAAUAUAAUUCUAUUUCUAUAUACCCCAAAAACGCUGACAGUGCACGAAAUGGUAUCUUAACAUGCAAUGACGAUCAAAUUAAUAUAUUAUAUAAUGGUAUAAUUAAAUCAUAUAAUAUUAAAUGUGACGAUAAAAAUGACGGAGAAAACAAUUCUUAUAUCGAGGAUUUGUCACUAUUUAAUUGUGUAUUUAAUUCGACCUGUAGAUAUUUUAUAUCAUCUUUGUCUUUAGCAUUUUCAUAUACAAAUACCAUAGAUAGCUGUUUUUUUAGUGGAUUUCAGAAACUUAUUUUUAUGAGUACUCAUUUAAAUGUAAACAUUUGCACAAAUGCUUGCAUGCAAACAUUGACGAAAUGUAGUAGUAUAUUUACCUUGGAAAAUUCUCCAUUUUUUUUGAAUAUUCUUCAAAAUUUUGAAAAAAAGCGAAGUAAACAUGAAAAUAAUUAUAAUUCAAAAAAAACCAAAACAGCAUCAAAUAGUAGUAGAGUACUAUCUAACAAUGCAUACCGUGAAAAUGAAACUCAUAUUUCUAAAAAUGUGGAAACUCAUUCUAAUUAUUCAAAAAACGUUACUGACAUAAAUGACUCGAACGGAAACAAUGCUAUAAGUUCUUCUAAUAUGAACAAAGACAAUCAAAAAAAAUGUUAUGAAAAUGAUAAUAACAAAACAGAUACAAAAUCUAAUUAUAUUAAUGAUGAAAAUUAUAAUCAUAUAAAUUUUAUUGCAUAUUCAGCAAAUAGUAUUUCCGAUAAUGAAGUGUAUAUAAAUAUAAAUGAUGGUAAAAUAUGCUCUCACAGAAUUGGGCAUCUAUAUGGUAAUAUGAAUUUUAUUGAGGAAUUUGAAAUUGUUGAAGAAACUAAUGAAAUUAAUGAUAAAGAAAUAGUAGAAAAUGGGGAAAAAGAAGACGACAAAAAGAAGGAAGUUUUUGAUUCUUUUGUAAAUGGGAUAAAUGACAAUAAAGAACAAUUCGAUCAACCAAAUAACAGUAAUAAUAAUGAAAUAAAACAAGUAUGUAAUUUCUCAUAUAAUGAUAAACAGAGAAAUCAAUAUACUAAUAUAUGUGAAGAUAAUAAAAAUAAUUAUGAAAAAUCAGAGCCAUAUUCGGAAAAAUUAAAUAUAGAUUGUGAUGAUUCGGAUUUUUUUUCUUAUAAACCUAUAUUAAAUGAAGAUUUAUUAAAAUAUUAUGAUGACUGCAUUAGUAUAAUAUUAAAAGAAUCGUAUUAUAUAAAUAAUGAUUUAAACAAUAUGAAAUAUAUUUCAUCAAUUAAAACAAUGAUAAGCAUAUUUUAUAUAUAUGGUGAUAUGCUAAGUUUUGAUGAUUGGCUAAAACUCAUAAAUAUAUUUGUUGAAGUGAAUUAUGUAUAUAAAUAUAUAUCAUCUAUUGAAAAUAAAACUAUUGAAUUCUUAAAUUUUUUGUAUUACAUUAAUAAAAAAGAAGAUAAUUUUACACUUUCUUUGAACACAUCUGGAAUUGAUUCAAAUGGUGCUACUAUGCACCAUAUAAAUUCUAAAAGCAUAGAAUUUUGGUAUUUUAUUCUAAGAUAUAUACAAAAGAAUCCUGUUUUAUUUGCAGAAAUCACUGUUAUAUUUUCUUCUAUAUCCCAUUUUUUAAAAAAUACAAUCUAUUAUAAUAUAUCAACUAUAAUAAAUAUAUUAAAUGCCAUUAAUUUUAUGAUAUUUCAUCAAUUCUUCAAGCAUACAAAAAAAACAACUAAAGAUGACAACAAACCAUUUGUUCAAAACAAUACCAAAGAAUGCAAUACUUUGAAUGAUCUUACAACGAUAAAUCCUAAUUAUAGCGUCUAUAACUUGAUUACUAAAGGGGAUAACGAAAAUAGCAUUUUAACGAAUCAAGAAAUUGAGGGCAAAUAUAUAUACAAUUUAAAAAAUGAUAAGCAUGACAAAGAUGAGCUUCACAAAUAUCAAAAAAACAAAGAUAACCCAAAUGAUAACCAUAUUAAUCUGAAUAUACAAAGUGAAUAUAUUAUAACUGAAGAUGCUGAGAAUAAAAACAAAGAAAAGAUUGUUAGGCCUGUGGAUAAUAAUAAUAAUGGCUGUAUAUAUGAAAUAUUUUAUUAUUACCUGUCCCAUUUUGAUCCAAUAUAUUCUUCCUAUUUUAUGUUCUAUAGUGAUAGUUUUUUUUUAAAAAGUAAAAAGGAUAAUAUAUCAAAAGAAUGUCAUGAUACUACUAAUUUACAAAGUGACAGAAUUCAAUUCGAAAAUAAUUUGUAUUAUGAUUAUUUAGAUAAAAAAAUAUUUCAAAAUAAUUAUUAUAUUGGUUUAAAGAAAUUAGAUAAUUAUUGUAUUUUUGAAGAUUUUUAUCCAUUACACAUGAUAGAAAAUUUAUGUGUAAUAAAUAUAAAUAAUAUAAAAUAUAUUUAUAACGCAUGCUGUAUUAAUAUACUAUUAUUAUCUUUAUGCAAUAAUAAUGAUAUUCAAAAAAAAAGCAUUGACACUUUAUUUCAUAUAAUAAUAGAAUCAGUAGUAUAUUAUAAAUAUAAUUUUGAAAUGCAGUUUCUGUUGUUUAAACCAUUCUUAUUGUUUAUAAUAAAUCCGUAUGCUAGUUACCGUUCUUAUUUUAUUAAUUCAUUCCUAAAUUUGAUUAGAAAAAAUGCAUCUUUUUUUAAUAAAGAUAUGUGGCUGUUUAUUAUUUUUCUUUUAUAUAUAUCAUUUAAGAAAGAAUUAACAAAUAAAACCAUAACACAUACGGAAAAUGACCAUAAGAAUGACGAGCAAAUUUCUGAGGAAAACAUAUCCAAUAUUAAAGACAUUUUCAAUAUUUUAGAAGUUAUUAUUGUAGAUUAUAUUGAAGAAAUACCAGUAUGUAAAAUAAUGGAAGUAAUAAUUCACAUGCUUAUCUUGUUUUCUUCUCUCGACACUUUAAGUAAUAAUAUAUCAUUUAGGGCUAUCAACUUUUUGUGGUCAAUUGUUGAUUAUAUAUUAAAUCGAUCUGAUUUGUUGAAGGAACAUAAAAAAUAUAAUAAUGGAAAUAAAGAUUAUGUUGAUAAUGCAAAAGAAGAAAAAAGUAACAACCUAAAAACUGCAACGAGCGAAGAACCCAAAUUAUUGCAUACAUGUAUAGUAGAAAACAACAAAAUGUAUAUUUACGAAAAUAAAAUUAAAAUGAAAAAUAUCAAAAUGAAAAGUUUUUUUAUUUUCAUUUUAAACUACUUAAUGAAACUUUGCUUUGAUGAAAGAAUCGAAGUUCGAAAUUGUAGUAUUAAAACAAUUAUGAGUAUUUUGUCCACCCAUAUUUACAAAUUCGACUUUUUUUUCUAUAAAACAUCUAUAUGUUUGUUAUUAAGAAAAUUAUGUAUAAAGUAUUUCUAUAUUCUAAUGGAAUAUAUAAAGCUGGAAAAAAAAAACGCACAAAAUGAGGAUAAUAAUGAAAUAAGUGAUAAAACUGACAUUGAAAAUUUUACUAUUGACAAUUUGAACAGCUAUAGUAACGAUAUUACGGAAAAAAAAGAAUCACAAAUAGAUAAAGACAAUGCUGAUUACAGUAAUUUUAUAGAACUUAGCGAUUUUUAUAAUAAAGAUAAUUGUUUAAAUAUUUAUAUUAAUGAUUUAGAACAUUUAAAGUCCAGUAAACGUGAAAGCAAUAAUAAUGGUGAAAUCCCCCCAAAUGACGAAAAUACAAAUACUAACUUACAAAAGAAUGAAAACAUAUUAAGAAACAAAAUUGUAAGGAAUUUUGUAAAUUUAAUUAAUAAGAACUAUAAAUAUAUAGAAACUGUAAGAAAGAAAAAACGAAAAAAAAAUAAAAAGGAAUUAUUAAAUGAUAUUGAAAAAAAUGCAUUAUUCUCAAAUAUAAACAAUAAUAAAAUUUUAGAAGAUAAGAAUAAUGAUUUGUAUGAUUAUGUUAGUGAGAAUUUUAGCAAAAUUAUUAUUCAUCAUUCACGAGACAGUAAAUUAAAACAAUGGGUAGAGAGCUUUAUUUUAAUUAUAGAAGGUUGUAAUAGGAUACUAUUAGAAGAAAAAAAUUAUAAAAAAUAUUAUUUUUUUUAUGAUAUAUUUGUAAAAAUAUUAAAGACUAUAUUAUUUAUUAAUUAUAAUAAGACAAACAUGUUUGAAUUACACCUAUCAAUAAUACAAAUACUUAAUAAUAUUUUUAUGUCCAAACUAUCAAAUUUCGAUGUCAAUUAUUUUACAAUGAAAAAUUCAAUAACUAAUAAAAAUAGAUAUACCGAUCAUAUUAAUAUAUUUGAUAAAUCAUUUAUUUAUAUAUAUAAUUAUGCUUGCUCUGCAAAUGAUCAAAAAAUUAAAGACCUUAUAAUCAAGCUUAUUACAGACAAUAUGAAAAAUGUAUUUUGUGGCAAAUGGAUAUAUGCUCAUUCUUUAAUGUAUUUACAUUUAUUUCAAUUAUUAUAUUCAACAAAUUCGAAUCUUAAUAUGCUUAAGGAGGGUGAACAAAAUUAUUCAUUUUUAAAUCAUUACUCGAUUUUAAACAAGUUAUAUUUUGAUUAUUUUAUUAGUGACACAAAGGAAUAUCCAUACGAAAAGGAUAUAAAUGAUGGCGAAAAAAAUAGCAAUCAAAUGAUCAGUAACGAAAUUAAAGAUGAAAUUACAAUUAAAUCGAAUGAGGAAGUUGAAAGUAACAAUAACAAAAAAAUAAAUAAUUCGAUAAAGAUUGAAAUGCCUAUCAGCAGAAACUUAAAGAAUGGAAAACUAGAAUCUUUUAAAAAUCAAAAAUUUUCUAUUGAAUAUAAAAAAGACAAUUUACGUAAUGAUCCAUUAAAUAUUUACAACAUAUUAGAGGAUAAUAAAAGUAUAUAUAAUGAAAAUGAUGAAAAAACACAUGUAGAUAUGAAGAAAGACAUUUAUGAAAUUUAUACAAGUGGUAAAAUAAAUAGUGAUAUUUUUAUAAUUAUUAUGAACAUAUUUAAAGGAUUAAAAUAUGAUGAAAUAAAUUUACUAAUAAACGAAGAAUUAGCAAAAUCAAUAAAAUGCUUAUUAUAUAAUUUAUUAGAAAAUAAAGAAAAACGAAAAAUUUUUAAAAAAUUAAUAAAAUUCUUAUUUGAUGAUAAAAUGCUAUUUAAUGAAAAUUCAGAUGAAAUACUUGAUAAAAUUACAUUAAAUGAUACUUACAAUAAAUUCGAAGUUAAUAUUAGGGAAAAUGAAAUAAAUGACGAAGAUAAAGAAUGUAGUAGAUUAUUUACAUUAAAUCAUAAAAAAUUGUAUCCAUUAAAUACUUAUAUAGAAGGUUUUCAAAUCUUUUCAUUAGGGUUAUUUAACUAUUUAACACCUUGCUAUAUAUUUUUUAUUCAUAAUAAAUUUAACCUAUAUCCUAAUUAUCAGAUGAAUAUUAUAUUUUCUAUAAUCCUUUGUAAUUUAAUUAGACAAGAAUAUUGCAAUUUACAUUAUUUCAAAGAAAAUCAACAAAAUCUAAUUUCUUUUAUAAAUAUGUUCCCAUAUAUCAUAGCAAAUCAUAUAAAAUGUUUUUUAUAUAAUUUAAAUAAUAAUUCUUCUUUUGUGUUUUACGAAAGUAUUAUUAUACUACUAAAAAUUUCAUAUAGUAUUAUUCAAAACCUUGAAGGCAUUCCAGAAAAUACUUUAUUCAAGUAUUGGUAUUCUGUAGUUUUCGCUAUCGAAAAAAUUUUAUACGCUAACUGCAAUAAUGACAAAAUUGACAUGUUGGAUAUUAUGCUUAUCAAGCUCAUUCGCAACAGUUACCUUUUCCAUAAUUCGCAUGCCCCAUUAAACAUAAAAAUAUACCUGACUAAAAUUAUAAGUGAAUUGAAUGAUAGACGAAGGAAAUCUUUUUCAAGCUGGACUUUGCAAAUAUUAUUUGAAGAAUACGAAAAAAUAAUGGCAGAGAAUAAUAAAAAUCGUUAUUAUACAACUUUCAUUACAUUAGUCAUGCUAAAAAAAUGUGUUUUGACACUCAAAAGUUUUUCAAGUGAAAACCCAGAGGAUGCUGACGAAAUUUUGUUCAUUUUGCAUGAAAUGAAAAAUUUAAAAUGUUAUUACUCAUACAUCGGAAUAAAAACAAAUUCGACAUUAAAAUCUUCAGAAGAUAAAGCGCAUUUGCUCAUUUGCUACCCAUACCUAUUAGAUUGUUUAAAUAUCGAAAAUACAAAAUUUUUCACUACGGCUAAGGAAUUGCUAAGACUUAUAACCAUAAUGCCCUAG